UUAUUGUCUUAACUCAUGCUUAUGGAAAUAGAAAUGGAAUUCGUUUAUUACCUUCCUUGUUUGGUUAUUGGAAAUAAUUAUUUACCUUCAGCUUUGGGUUCCCUCCCUUGGUUUCGUAAAAUUUUUUCUUUUGAAAAUAUUCAAAUUGUUCAUUCACAUUCCACAUUUUCUACAAUGGGACACGAAGCUUUAUUGCAUGGAUGGACAUUGGGACUUAAAACUAUUUUUACUGAUCAUUCGCUUUUUGGAUUUGCGGAUGCUGGGGCUAUUUUAAGUAAUCGACUUGUUUUGCGUUAUUCUUUAAUAAAUGUAGAUAGAUUAAUUUGUAACACAGUUUUACGUGCAGGUAUUUCCCCAUCAAAUGUUUUUGUUAUUCCAAAUGCCAUAGAUUCAAAAUUAUUUAAACCACCAAAUAAAAAUAAUUAUUCUGAAGUUAUAACAAUUGUUGUAUUGUCUCGUUUAGUUUAUAGAAAAGGAAUUGAUUUGUUAGUACAAAUAAUACCUGAAAUAUGUAAAUUAAAUAAAAAAGUUCGUUUUGUAAUUGGCGGUGAUGGCCCAAAACGUGUUGAUUUAGAGGAAAUGAGGGAAAAACACAAACUUCAUCAUCGUGUUGAACUUAAAGGGGAACUUCCACAUGAUAAAGUCCGCGAAGUUUUAAUACAAGGACAAAUAUUUUUAAACACUUCUUUAACUGAUGCUUUUUGUAUGAGUAUUGUUGAAGCAGCUUGUUGCGGUCUUUUAAAUGCUGGUUUCUGGUUUGGAAUUGUUUGGGUUUGGGGUGCAGCACUUAAUUACUUCUUGGCUGCGUUUCUUGAUUUAAUAAAUCCUCGUUAUCGAAUUAAAAAAAAGGAGAACUAA